AUGGGGGACUCCACAGACUGGGAAUAUCCAGCAGCAACAGAUCGCGGUGGCACUGCUGACGAUACGGACAACUUCGUUGUAUUGCUCGCUGAAAUGAGAGAGGCUUUCGAUGCUGUGAAUCCCGGCUGGGAGAUCACCUGCACUCUUCCAUCCAGCUACUGGUACAUGCAAAAUUUCAGCCUCGCAUCGAUGCAAAAGUACAUCUCGUUCUUCAACAUGAUGAGUUACGAUCUGCACGGCAUGUGGGACCAGGAUAACAAGUAUACAGGGUCCUAUCUGCGAGGCCAUACCAACCUCACGGAGAUCGAUGUAGGGAUGGACUUGUUGUGGCGUAACAACAUUGAUCCAAAGAAAGUGGUUAUGGGAAUGGGAUUCUACGGUCGAAGCUUUACGAUGGUCGACAAAGACUGCCAUACAGCGGACUGCAAAUUUUCUGAAGUUGGAGGUGCUGGACCAUGCUCACAAGCUGCUGGCAUUCUGUAUUAUUCAGGUGAAUUUACCCAUCUGCUUCGUCUCUUUUGUUCACAAUACUUACGAAAGGCUUCAGAGAUUGAGUCCAGCAACAGCUCCAGUGACGUCCAAACUUACUAUGACCCAGUUUCAACGGUCAAGUAUAAUGUUUACAACGGCAAUCAAUGGAUAUCCUACGAUGAUGCGCAGUCGUGGCAGGACAAACUGAGAUACCUGACAGGAAAGUGCAUCUCUGGUGUCAUGAUAUGGGCUCUCGAUCAGGAUGAUGGAAUGCACAGGGCUCUGGGAGCGCUCCUGGGCGAGGAUGCGCUGUCUGGCUCACUUAUGGAGGGAGGUGAUCUCUCGACCAGCCAAAAGAAGGAGUUGACGAGUCAAAUAGCUGCAUACACCGGGCAAAAUUGCUAUGUCACUCAAUUCUGUACCGAUGGUUCAGGCUCCCAUAAGAACGAUCCGGAUUAUGUGUGUCCCACUGGUUUCUCCUCCGUUGCCACUGCACACGCCCCUCAACAAAAGCUCGGAUACUACAUUACCGACACUUGUGAUAGCGGAUUCUACCGUCAUAUUUGCUGUCCCACAGAUGCCAUGCCGAAGAAUUGCGAAUGGACCGGCGCCCCGGUACGCAGUGAAGUUGGCUGCAGUGGCAAGUGCGGAAGCGAUCAGUUCCAGCUUAACGUCGAUUCAUACGUUGACGCCUCGGGUGAGGAACCAUGUUACCAAGGAGACCGCGCCUUGUGCUGCGAUGGCGCCGAGUCAAUCAAUCAAUGCAAGUGGACUUCAUGCCAGAAGCUUGCAUCCACUCAGGACAAGCCGAGUUGCCCCAGUGGUAGCACCUAUAUGACCACCCGUUUUGACGAUGGAGAUGGCAGUUUAUGCUCCUCGGACGAUGAUGACGAUCUAGAGAUUCUCUACGCUCAGGCAUACUGUUGUCCAAGUGAUGAUGUGCCGUCUAAUUGCUCUUGGCCAUUCGAGACGCUACCUCAUACAUCGGAAUAUCUCUGCUAUCCCUCUGCCUGUGACUCCACCAAAGUGCAGUAUACCACCGCGCUUGAUCCUAGCGAGCCAUAUUACGGCGGUGGCUUGCAAUCGGAUGAUGAUUGUACUGCUUACACCCCUCCUGCUGGGGAAAAUCCCAAUUGGCCAUACUGCUGCGACCCACCGCAGGCAAACAGUGAGAAAUGGCCGGUUGACCCCAAGUAUCUCUGGGAUAACUACUACGAAGACACUGGGGACGACGUGGAAUGGGCUUACGUCGACAACUACGGCAACAACAACAAACAGAGCUCUCCCGGCGACGAUGAUGGGGAUGAUCCAUAUGGAUUUGUGAUGCUAGAUGGCCCUGCAGGCUCGAUUGACAGUUCAUUUGCCUCGACAUAUGAAUUCGCUCGUCGGAGCGAGGAAGUUCCCAAAACCAAACGCUCCUUGUUCACCACGAACCGCACCCGCUUGGAUACCAAUUUCGAUCAUGUCGAGGAAACGCAUCAUAUCUUUUGCAAACUGCCCACUGGCUCGUUGAAAUGCGACAAUUUAUUCUUCGACGGUGCUGAAGACACGAUAAUCCAUCUGCCAGAACACGUUGGCGAAGGCCCAUUUGCUCGUCUCGUUUCAAUACAGCGAGCCCAUAGCUCAUACGACCUUCCUCGGCAUCAUUUGGUCAAGCGGAUUGCGGAAGAGAAUGAGAAUCCUGUCUACAAGAUCAAAAUUGACUACAAUUUUCAAGCAAUCAAACGUGACUCAGGUGCUAUCAACAUGCGUGUGGAUUACACCAACCUGCUUGAUUAUUGGGAAGACGUUACAGAUACUCCUGCCACUCGCCGGAAGAAGCGCUCUACUACUUCGGUCCGCGACGAGCACAUAUCCUACCGUGAGUGGCGCGGUAAGGUUAAUUGGGCCAAAACCUCGCAUGAGGCUCUUCGCAAGCGACAAGCGGACAUCAUGACCUCCAAUACUACAUUUGAGCGCGCCGGUGACCGAGAACCUCACAAGCUCCAAAAAAGGUGGUUUGGUAGCUUCAAGAACUGGCUAAACAAGAUGAACACCGUUGAGAGCAGCAGCGUUGGGUAUCUGUCCCAAUUUUGGAAGAGCAGUCUUCUCCUCUUCAGCGCCUCCACGGGAUGCCCAAAGGCGAACGCCCAAUUGAACGUCUACCUGGAUUCUGAAAUCGGUAUGGACAGCACAUACGCCUACUACCUCUCCGGUACUCUGGUCCCUCCGUCUCUGGAUGGCACAUAUGCAUACUUUGGCAUGCAGCCGAGUGUGUAUAUGGGCUUAACAGUUGAAGGCACCGCUCGUAUGGACUAUAAGUCCGAGCGAAAGCAGCUCAUUCCAACCCUUUCCUACCCUGGCCUGGCAAUCAAGGGUAUAGCAGCCGUUGGGCCCACCCUUGACAUCUAUGGACAAAUCAGUGGUGUUGUACAACUGAGCGGCAAGAUGUCCGUUGGUGCCAAGUAUACCUUUGAGAAGUCAGAAGUUUAUUGGCCUGAAGGCGAUGACAGCACUGAUUACAGCAAGAUCAACGAUCUCGUUGGUGACCCUGAGCCCGUGGCAUCUGGACUUGAGCCGUCAUUCCAGGCGUCAGUUCAGGCUAGCGCCGAUUUAGAUGUCAUGGUUACACCCGAGGCUAACAUUGGCAUCACCAUUGGUGGCUCAUCUCUCAUCGGAGGCGUUACCCUGGUCGAUGCCCAAAUGGUUGGCUUUGUGAAUACUACACUGAGAUUCCACGCUGAUUCGGGGGCAUCCGUCUCGGGCGACUCCUCCACCGUGAGUGCUACUUAUACAUACAACUAUGGCGUGUAUCUCCUGUAUAAUCUUGGAUAUGGUGGUCAUGCCACAAUUCCAUUCUAUGAAUGGUAUAUGACAGCCCGGACACUGUUCAGAAGUCCAAAGUUAAUCACUCUUUACUCGAAUGGGGAUGUUGGUUCAUCUUCAACAAGUAUAUCGACCAAAAGAAGUCUAUCCUUGCAUGAAUCUCCUAUAUUCGAAGGAGUCGAUGUGGUGACCGAGCCAUCUAGAAUCCAGGGCGUGGGUCGCAAGAUAGGAUUCGACACCAAUCGCGACUUGCUUUGGGGAUCCGCACCCCAAUUCGUGAAUGGAACAGGCAAAUCUCUCCGCAAACGCGAUGAUGACAGUGAUGUCGACAUGAUGGAUGUUGACGAUGAUGACCCCAACUUCAGCUCAUCAAGCGCUCUCACUUGUCCCGCGAAUGACUGUGCCACCCCAGGGAGUAGCAACCCAAAAAAUUUGCCAGCAUGUUCUUGGAUCCUGCCUGAGUUGCGCUACAACUGCCUGUUCUUCCCCGAUCGACAAGUCAAUGACGGCUAUGGGAACUCGAGGAUCGUUCCCGGAAUCUGUACCAACGUUAAUGGCUUCUUCCAAAAUCGUGGUACAAGUGCCAGCACAGGAAUCACACUCACAUGGGAUCCCGACACAUCACGACAAACUAGCCGUCGUAAUGUUGCAUGCCCCGCAUUGAAGAACGCGCAAGGAAACGGCGGAUACUGCAGCACUGAGAACCAAGUGAUUGCUGGUGCUCUCAACUUGCCAUCCACAACAAAGAUCGUGAGCUGUGAUGAAUUUCCAAUUGCCUCUUCGGAAGAAGGGGGGAACUUCUUCCCAAAGUUACCGGUAAAUCCAACGUCGCAGGGUGUGAAGUGCGUGCCAGUAUACCAACAAACGCUCCAAGGGAACUGCCAUAGUGAGUAA